AUGAAAGAAAAGAAGCAGGGCUUGAAAAACCCCCUAGAAAAACAAACAAAAAUAGGAGCUGGACCAGCCGGCCCGGCAGCAGGCCGCGACCGCGCUCCCCGCGAGCAGCCGCCUUACGAGGGCUUUGACCCUGAAGAGGUCCCUUCUCGGCCUCAGCAGCCGGAGCCGGGACAAGCUCCCUAUGAAUACCAGGGGGUAAGGGAAGCAGCACCUGGUCAGCCGCAAGAGCUGAGAGAAAGCGUCUAUCGGCCGCAUGCGCCUGGCCAAGACCCCUACCAAGCACAAGACCAAAGAGGAAGCGUCUGUCAGCCUCACGCACCGGGACAAGCGCCCUAUCAACCGCAGACCCCGGAGCAAUACCUCUAUCAGCCACACGGAACAGAACAAGCCCCUUAUGAGCCACAGGUAUCAGAAACAGACGUCAGUGAGAGCUACGCAUUGGGACAAGACUCUUACGGGGCACAGGAGCCAAGGCAAACUGCCUAUGAAUCAUAUGCACCAGGAUUAGACCCUUAUCAAACACAGGAACCAAGAAGUGCCUAUGAGAAAUACACAGUACAAGAAGAUGCCUAUCAAGCCUACACGCAGGGGCAUGGCCCUUAUCAACCGCAUGAACCGGGUUACGGGCUCUAUCAGCCGGGCUACAGUCCAUAUGACGAGCAGAUACCAGAUCCUAAUGCCCGAGCGCUGGCGAUUCAGAAUGCAAAAGCCUAUUUGCUGAAGAGCAGCACAAAGUCUGGCCUGAACUUAUAUGAUCAUCUUGCUAACAUGCUAACAAAGAUCCUGGAUGAACAACCCACAAAUGCAGUAGAUAUAAUUGAGAACAUCAGCAAGGAUGUGAAGUGGGCUCAGUUUCAGAAAAAAAUGGACACUCUCCGUGAUGAGCAUGAGAUUCUUCCAACAUUUGAAGUUGCAGAAAAGUGUAAAGCUUUGUUCGUCAAUGUACAUGCAGAAGGAGAUGAAGAACUAGAAGACGAGAUAACAGAGACUCCUCUACCUAACGUGAUGGAAACAGCCUUUUAUUUUGAACAGGCUGGAAUUGGCUUGAACAAAGAUGAAACCUAUCACAUAUUCCUUGCCCUUAAACAACUAAUUAGUGUUCAGCCAAUCCAGACCUGUCGGUUUUGGGGCAAGAUUUUGGGCCUGGAGAUGAACUAUAUUAUAGCUGAAGUACAGUACAAUGACAGGGCAGAGGAGGAGGAAACAGAAGAGGAAGAAGAUACCGAGGAAGGAGGAGGGAAAGGGAUGGGUGAGGACAAAGAAGGAGAUGAAGAGAAAGAAGAAGAUGAACCACCACAGUCCACCUACAAGCCCCCACCUAUCAUCCCAAAAGAAGACAAUGGAACUGGGACUAAUAAGUAUAUCUACUUUGUCUGUAACGAGCCAGGCAAACCUUGGGUGAAGUUGCCUCCCGUGACUCCAGCACAGAUUAUCUGUGCCAGGAAAAUCAAGAAGUUCUUCACUGGUAGGCUUGAUGCUCCUGUUGUGAGCUUUCCCCCUUUCCCUUUUUAACAGUUCAGAGAGGAGGAAGGAGAUGAAGAGGAGGAAGGGGGAGGAGGAAGAGAUACAUAUGAAGAAAACCCCGAUUUUCAGCCUCUUUCUGUGGUUGAAAUGGUGGAUUCUCUCUCCAUGUGGGUACACCAAACACAGAAUAUUCUGAAGCAGGGUCGCUGUGUUUGGCAUAAUCCUUUUCAAAAAUCAGAGGAAGAAGAAGAAGGUGAAGAGGAGGAGAAAGCAGAGGAGACAGAUGAAGUACAGCAAGAAAUAGGACCUCCUCUUCUCACUCCACUCUCUGAAGAUGAAGGAAUUCAAAAUGUCCCUGCUUGGACAGCUCAGUAUUCUACAAACCUGGUCCCUCAAUAUGCUGUUGCAAUCCUUCAGUCUAAUCGAUGGCCUGGAGCCUAUGCCUUUGCAUCUGGCAGGAGAUUUGAUAAUAUCUACUUAGGCUGGGGUCACAAAUACAGUCCAGAAAACCAUACACCCUCACUGCCUCCACCAGUGCAAACAGAAUACCCUAGUGGGCCAGAAAUCACUGAGACAAAUGACCCUACUGUGGAAGAGGAACAAGCUCUCAAGGCUGCACAGGAAGAAGCCUUAGCUGCAACUGAGGAAGAGGAAGAAGAGGAAGAGGAGGAGGAUGAGGAGGAGGAGGAGGAUGAUUGAAAUACA